GUCACCCCCUUAAUUUCCCCCCCCCCCACUUCCGGCGGCGCUGUCCCGAUUAUCGCGACUAUGGGGAGCGGCGGAGGCGCGCGCGCGCGUCCCGAAAAGAUCGGUCAACCAGCCCCCGAAGCCAAGAGGCGACCAAGGGGUCGGUCUCCCGAAGGGAAAAUGCACCCAAACUCUAAAAAGGUCAAAUUAGUCACCAAGGGAAGAGUAAAAUGGAAGCCUCUUACGGACGAGAGUAAGGAGCAUUUGCAAGCCGUGAUGGAUUCUGUAAUUCUGUCUGUCUUGAGUCGGAAAACGGAAGGAAAAGAAAACAUUCAAAGUCACCUCAACGGCUUGAAGGAAAGACUUUUUACGUUAUGCAAGACUCUGGAAAUCCCUCCAAGAAAGCUGGAGAAUCUGAAAAAAAUGCAGAACCUGAAGGCGAUGGAGGUUCAGCGACUGAAAACCAAUGAAGAGAAUUUGGAAUUGCUGCAGAAAGAAGUAGGCAAAGUAGUCGAGGCCAUACACCCAAUGAAUGAAGAAAUCCAAAGCCUCCAGGCCAGAAUUCAACUUCUCAAGGAUGAGCUGGAGGAAGAGGAGGACAAGGCUGAACAGAUGUCUCAAACCGACCACGGCAAGAUCGUCUCUCUACCCGAACUCUCUGAAAGAAGUCUUAAAGCACCUCUGCUUCAGGAAGAGAUACUGAUGAAGAUCCCAAACCAUGAGGGUCUUCUGAAGGACUUGCAAACUGUGCAGAACUCAGCUGAAAUGAAAGACAUGUUUACUUUUGUGGAAGAAGCCUAUAAGAAGCUCCUGAAAAGUCACUGAAUGAAAUGUUUCCGCCGUAUUACUAGUAAAUGCCUAACGCCAGCGAAGCCCGUUUGACCCCGGGGUGAUAUUCUUAAGCUACCACUGGAGGGAAAAAGAAGCUCUGAAAAUUGCCGGCCACUCUGUCGGUCUGGAGGCCGUAAACCAAUGCCCGUCGUCCCCGGGACCUCUUCGGCGUUCGGGUGGCUAGAGCGGACCUCACGGUGAAAAUCCAACCGCCCGUUCAUCAGAAGGGCAUCCUUGUGGGACUUGUCGUUUCAGCUUUUGUAUCUACACAACUAAAAGGAGCAAGCCUUACCCAGCUGGGGGGGGGGGCGGGGGGGGCUUCAGGCUAGGCCACAGCGGCCCCAAAGGGAGCUAGGUGCUCUUUAACCCCGGUAAAUGAAGCACGAUCCUGCGAGCGUCUCUCAAACGUCGCUGCUGUGGAUCUCGGAGCCUUUGCCGGGACUUGGUGGCUUCUGAGAGUCCGAUCUGAUCCCCUACGUUUGAAACCCCCUCCUCCCCUCUCAGUCUGUGGGAGUUCAAGCGUGGUCACUUUUCUUCCCCCUCCUAUGAGGAGGAGGAGGAUCGGAGGUGAGUCAGCUGCCAGGAGAAAUGUGGGGAGUGUGAGAAUUGGAAGGCCCUGUCGGGUGACCGUAUUUUGCUUUUGGACGGGUGGCGUGACCCCAUUCAUUUACUGGGCUGGAUUAUUUUAUUGUCAGGGAGUGGUUAUAGGUCAGGAUCGCAUGUUCCGUGACUGAAGCGUUACUCUGCCCUCAUCACACUUCAGUUGUCUGCCCUGAGCGCUUACAGUGUGCAGAGCACUGUACUAAGCGCUUAUGGUGGGGCGACAGAAGAGAAACGACUAUUUUCUGAACCCCGAUCUCCGCGUCCUCUUCACAGACAGAUUUUCUAUGAAGUGUAGCUCCUAGGAGUUUUGAUAUGAAAUGGUAGUUUAUUAAAGUGUACGUUUAAUGCUCCGUGAA